CAUAGCCAUAGACCUUAAAUGAUUGGCUUAUAAGGAGCAUGUGGUCAAGCCAUUGAACGACAGAUUGCCAUCUCCUUCUUGAAACAUCUCUGACAACAUACGUACUCUCGUGGCUGAGGAAGGCAUGAGUGGUACAAAAAUAGAUUCCAUUAACUAGUCGUCUCUUCAUAAUGGCCAGUCAAGGUGAUGGAGAGGUGUGGAACUCGCAUCCGGUUUACGCCCGAUACUGGCAGCACUACCAGCAGGCCAUGAGCUGGCACCAGAGGCAUAAGCGGGCAUACAGAAAAGCUUUGGAGGCUGGCUACUUCCAGACACUGUAUGCCAUGUACCCCUCUGCCAUCCAGCGAUACUCAGAUUGGCAUGCAGACGAGUGCUGGGGGAACACUCACAGAGACAGAACGACAGGUAGAGAAGAAGAAAGGGAGAAUGAGGCCACUGAUUCAGACAGUGAACUGGAGGAGGAGAGUUCGGAUGAGAGCCAGAUCGAGUGUGACGUCAGUAACAUGGACAUCUCAGAAGAGCUGCGACAAUACUUUGCCCAGACAGAGCGUCACAAGCAGGAACUCAAGAAACAACAGCAGAUGGAGGCAGAGCAGCAGGACUCGUAUGUUCUAGCUGACCAAGACAUGCACAGAGUUUCCUGGCGCAGCAGCCUGCCUCCUUCAGAGCGUCCAGGAGAAAGGAGGACUGCAGAGAUGAAGAAGCUGUAUGGUAAAGAUGCAGCAAAGAUUCAGGGGAUGGAAGCAGCCAUGCAGCUCACCUUUGACCGCAACUGUGACAAAAAACAGCCCAAGUACUGGCCUGUUAUACCACUAAAUCUGUAGGACGAUCAGACCCCAUCAUUAGUAUGCCUGGUUCAACAGUGCUGACAGUACUGAAGUGAUGCAUCAAAUCUGCAUCUGUGAGGACCUUUAGCAUAUAUAGAACAAACACUUAUAUCCUUAUAGACAGAUAAAGCAUUUAGAGAGUACUUUUAAUAAAUUCUCAGUUCAAUAUGAUCAGUAUAAACUUUAAAAUUUUGAGUUUGAGUUCUGCAAUUUCCAAUUUACACUUGUUUUCUUUUGCAAUAUCUGAUAUCUGUACGUAAUGGCAUCCACACAGUUCUAUCUUUUUAAAGUUUCUCAUAUCAUUUAAAUGAUGGAAGCGCUGCUUAGAUGUGUCGUUCUUUUCAUGUAGUCAUUUCUGCCUAACUAGGUCAUUGCCUCCCCCACAGUUUUUGGUUGAUGUGUUUAGCCUGUCUCUUCUUUUUGCAUCUCACAUGAGACGGUGUUUGCUGGGUUAUUCUAUGGUGCAGUUUUUACAUUGAAGUUUCUCAGUUUUUUUUUAAUUCAAAAGAAGUCAUUGUUUAAUUAAUGUGGUUUGAUUGCUUAAUAAAUGUAUUGCAUUGAAAUGUGUGUGGGUGUGGCAGUUGAUAUAGUGCUUAUGCUUUAGAGAUGAUAAUCUUAUCUGAUUUAAGUUUUUCAUUAAGGAAAAAAAAUAGAAUUUUGCUCAUAUAUUCAUGUCUUUAACAUCCCUCUCUGGAGAUACAAUUAGAAAGAUCACUGUUUUACUGGUGUAUAGAUUUUGAAAGCAGAGUCUCUGUUUUGUGUGUGUGUGUGUGUGUAUGUGUGUGUCUACAAACAAACAAAAAGCAUUUACUUCCAAAAUUGAUUAAAACAUUUGAAAGAAUAGUUCAUCUCAAAAUAAAAAAUUCACUGGAAGAACCAAUAUUAUGGAUAGAGGACUGUAUUUUUAUGUCUGAAUGCCUUGAUGAAGGAUUUUUUUUAUCACAAACUCACUUCACAAGACGUGGUUUAUUGUGUUGUUUUUAUCAGCUGUUUGGGCUCCUGUUCACUGCAGACGAUCUAUUGGAGAGCGAGUAAUGUAAUGCUAAAUUUCUCCAAAUCUGUUCCCAUGAAGAAACAAACUAUUAUAUCUUGGA